CUUCACCGUGCCAGCCCACUGUGUGCAAUUUCCACAGAGGAAGAAGCAAAUAAUGGGACACUGAGAACCACAUUCUUCUCUUUCCUGGAGCUUUCCUUGUGGAAGUACAUGUAACACAGCCUACAUUGUGUGAGAGGAUCAAGCGUGAGAUCUGGGAGCAGUGGGAAGACCUCGAAAAGCUCAACUACGGUUUGGAGGAGAAGAAGUCGAGCUAUGAAGCCCAUCACUUUUAUCAGUGCUCUUUUGCUCCUGCUCUACAUAUCUUCUGGAGGUGCAGAUGCCCAUAGGCAACACAGACAAGUCCUUGCUGGAAUCCAACCAGGUGUGUGUCGCUACGGCAGGAGGCUGGAGUGUUGCUACGGCUGGAAAAAGAAUAGUAAAGGACAAUGUGAGGCACAGUGCGAACAUGGCUGCAAGCACGGCGAGUGUGUCGGACCAAACAAAUGCAAGUGCUUCCUGGGAUACGCCGGAAAGACGUGCAAUCAAGAUCUGAACGAAUGUGGCCUGAUCCCUCGCCCGUGCGAACACCGCUGCAUGAACACCCAUGGCAGCUACAAGUGUUACUGCCUCAACGGAUACACCUUGAUGCCGGAUGGAUCUUGCGCCAAUUCCAGGACGUGUACCCUCGCUCACUGUCAGUACGGGUGUGAGGAAGUUCAGGGGGAGAUUCGAUGCCUCUGCCCCUCUGCGGGGCUGCAGCUGGCACCGGAUGAGAGGACUUGCGUAGACAUUGAUGAAUGCGUCACAGGAAACAACCUCUGUCCAUACAACAGGCAAUGCGUCAACACAUUUGGCAGCUACUUCUGCAAGUGUCAGGAUGGUUAUGACCUCAAAUAUGUUGAUGGCAAAUAUGACUGUGUAGAUACGGAUGAGUGUACUUCCAGUACCCACAAGUGCAGCCAUCAUGCUGUCUGUCUAAACACUCAAGGAUCCUACAAGUGCAGGUGCAAGUCUGGCUUCAGAGGCAACGGAUUCGAAUGCUCCGUCAAGCCGUUUUAUCAGCGGUCGCAUGAUGGAGGCAAAGGCGCUGCAGAUCACAUCUUCAAUGCAAUCCCCGAUUCCCCAGUAUGGCCUGGAAUUCUGGGAGGUCAGCUCGACAAUGAGGACAUCAAAAAUACUAUCCCUGAAGCAGCCGUGACGCCGCCUCCGAGAAUCCGACAGCAGCCUUUUGAUUACGAUGGCGAGGUCUACAUCGGUGAACCAACUGGAGAAACCCCAGUGGAAGAACUUCCUGAUGAGGAGGAAGAAGAAGAAGACGAAGAAGAGGAAGACAACCAGCUAAAUCCAAGAGGCGAUGUUUUCACACCAGAAGACUUUGAAUCAGUUUUCGGUCCAGCCACGGAGGUCAAACAACUUGAAACGGCGCUGCAUCAGGAAGAGUAUAUCAUGGACUGCAACUUUGACCAAGGGGCAUGUGAGUGGGUCCAAGACAAGGCUGAUGACAUGGACUGGAGUGUGGCUUACCAUGGAAGAGGUGGUGAGUACUACAUGUCCAUGAGUGGUCUUCUGGGGGACCAGGAGGAUGUGGCCAAGCUCAAGCUACUGCUCAGCGAUCGAACCCAGCAGGGCAGCUUCUGUCUGACAUUUGACUACCGUGUAGUGGGCCGUAACGUGGGAACUCUCAGGGUGCUGCUGGAUAACAACGCUUACCCGGUGUGGGAACAGAGUCACAGCAGUCAUCAGGGCUGGCAGACCGAGCUUCUCACCGUGGCCUGGAGAGAAGAAGCUCCACAAGCAGUCAUCUUUGAAGCUCAGCGUGGGCGAGGAGUUGGUGGAGAGAUCGGACUGGACAAUGUUGUGUUGACCUCUGGGCCGUGUCCUGAUGAGGAAUCGUCAAUCUUUUAAGAAUCAACUAUUUCAACAAAAAAACAAAUAAAAACGCAAACUCUCUAACCGACAGUCUGAGUUUAGAUGCUGUACAAUAAGUGCGUACAUAUUUACUGUAACGUCAAGACCUGAUUUUCAUGCAUAUCUUCCAAUAUGAUAUCUCAGGAAAAAAAAACACUCUUAGUCAUGUUCAGUCAUUGAGAUAUGAACACUGUGUAUGAGAUUACUUUGCUGAAGUAACAUGGAAUGCCUUGUUGUAUAGUUGCUAAUUUGCUAGCAAUUUUGUU